AUGGCUCCUAAGAAGGUUAUGACCAAGUCUCCUCAGCGGCAGGUCACCAAGCAUCACCUCAGGGAUGAGGAUGUUAUGCUCCUUUGGAAGCUCGUGAAGCUAAACUGCAAGAAAGUCGGCAUCGCAGCUCUGUCUAAAGAGCUCAACCUUGAAGUGGCCGCCGUUCACAUGCGCUGGUCCUGGCUGAACGCCAAAUUCGAGGCCUUCCAGAAGAAGGUAAACGAAAAAGAGACUACCGCUGCCGCUGCUUCCUCUGCCGAUACUACUAUGAAGGAUAUCGACGACUCCGAGGAUACGAAGGAAGCCGAAGAAACCGAAGAAGCUAAAGGUGGUAACAAUGACGAGGAUGCGGAGUGA